GUAUCCGUGUUUUCAACGUUCAUAUAAACAUAAGCAUAAAUGUGUAAAUUAGCCGCAUCGACUCGAAUAAUUUAUUAAAUAACUUAGCUAUACGCUAUCGAUCAAAACAAAUUAGAUACGUACGGGUGUGCAGAUUUCGGAACCGUGACAUUUCGGAUAAACAAUUUCUUUUCACGAUCAUAAAUGAAAGAUUUACUUAAACUCCUUGAACAUACAGCUUAAAAGAUAUAGCUACAGUAAAAACGUGUUUCCAUGUUUUAAUGAAUGUUAUUUUCUUUUAGUUUAUAUGAAAACAUGACUCACAUUUAGUGAUGUUAGUUGUAACCCAGUCAACAUGCAUGUAAAUUUCCGCUUUACAUUCUUUUGAUGAUUUUUGCUUUGGCAGACUCUCAAAUUUAUUCAGAACGCAAAUUAUUUAAGCUAUUUGUAACCAGUCUUAUUGUGAAAAAUGAACUGCCGCGGAAGCAGGAGUAGAGGCAGAGGGGACAGAAGACCUAAACGAAAUGACGGCUGGGAGGAGGCGGGUGGGUAUAUGAAUGCUAAGCGACAAAAGCUGAAGGAUCAAUUUGACCAGGAUAUACCCCGGCAACUGCAGAAAGAAGACAGCGGGGGCUCUAAGAUAUUUGCUGGAGUCGCUAUUUAUGUUAAUGGGUAUACAAAGCCCUCGUCAGAUGAACUCAAGAGACUGAUGAUGCUUCAUGGGGGCACGUACGAGACCUAUCUGUACCGGACCAGGGUCACACACGUGAUUGCCACCAACCUUCCAGACAGCAAGGUCAAGGAGAUCCGAGGUCUCAAGGUCGUCACAACAAAGACCGGAAUGGAUUACUGACAGCAUUGCUGCUGGGAAGCUGUUAUCUUACACCAAGUACCAACUGUACACUGCCCAGUCUGGUUUGCAGAAGGGUUUGCAAUCAUUUUCUGCUGCAGAUUGAUGCUGAGAAAAGCAUCCAGUCAACACCAAAUCAGAGUUCUGCUUUUCUUGGGGAAUCCUUGACCAGACCAC